UGGAAAAUGGAAAAGAGAGAGAAAAGAUGGGGAGAGGAAAAGAGGAAGGAAUGGGGACAAAAAGGGGAGCAGAAGGAAAUUUCUGAGAGUCUUCCUUCGACGAUCCUUCCUGCAAAUUUCUUCUCUAAAAGAGGAGGAUGGGUCUCUAUGUCCUGCUUGUUGCUCCAAACGUCCACGACUUCAUGCUCCCUCACUUGCUCUAAGUGAAACAGACCAGAGAAUACUAGAGAACUUUUUCCGCAAAUUGGUGCGAGAAGAGGUGGAACGUAAGUUGGUGCUCUAUAACCACAAGAUUUACAGGUUUCCAGAAAGGCAGAUUGAGGGGUCUGAAAGGAGAAGAUUCCGGUUGCAUUUUAAUGAUAAAUUGUGUCAUCCAAUAUUCACGGGUAGCAGAAUCAAAAUGGAUGGUGGAAAAGCCAUUCAAAUUGUCAUUCUUGACUCGUCUGGAAUGGUUGUCAAUUCUGGUCCUUUAUCUUCACUCAAGGUUGAAAUCCUUAUCCUCCGGGGCGAAUUUGCAAGUGAUGAUCAGGAAGAUUGGACUGAGGAAGACUUCAUUACUAGUGUAGUACGUGAAAGGGAAGGAAAAAGACCCCUGUUGAUAGGAGAUACUAUAAUUUCUCUGAGAAAUGGGGUUGGCAGUGUUGCAGAUCUCAAUAUCACUGACAAUUCGUGCUGGAUGCCUAGCCGCAAAUUCCGGCUGGGUGCCAGAGUCCUGCAUGACAGUCGUACUGUGGAAAGAAUAAGGGAAGCAAAAACUGAAGCCUUUCCUGUUAAAGAUCAUCGUGGAGAAUCCUAUAGGAAGCACUAUCCUCCGAUACUAAAAGAUGAGGUUUGGCGUCUGGAGAACAUCAUGAAAGGUGGCAUCUUCCAUCAAAGGCUGGCAGAUAAGGGGAUUAACACUGUUGAAGAAUUCCUGAGGCACUUGGUUGUGUACCCUGAGGGACUACGAAAUGUACUUUUAAUGUCAAACAAGCAGUGGGAUUCAACUGCUGCACAUGCAAGAACAUGCAAUGUUAACAACGAUAUUUUCUUGUCCAUUGCUGUUGGGACUGAUCAGCAAGUUGUGCUUCUGUUCAACUCCAUCUAUGAAGUCAUGGGAAUUUUAUCUGAUGGACAACUCCAAUCCAUACAUGACCUUGACAUUGGUCAACAGGAAAUUGUGGACAACAUUAAAAAAGAAGUAUAUAGAAAUUGGCGAAGUAUAACUGAGCCACAGAAGAGGGGGAUGCUUGAUGCUGCUCCUCGUGCUGAAGAAGCUAAUCACAGCUUUCAAAAUCAGAGCUUUCAAACGACAACAGUUGGACCAUAUCAAGAUCAGUUGGAUGAAAAAGCAAGCGUCAGCAGCACAUCCAGUUCAGUUGAUAUGGAAAUUCUUGCAACCAGGCCAGUCUAUGACCCACUUCAACAAUGCAAUUUCAUGUAUGAGAGAGGCUCUAAUGAAGAGAGCGUAGAGCACGAGGAUAACUUGGAUGGGCCUCAAUGCUCACCCUUUUCCGCCUCCCAACCGUGUCAUAACUUGGUGCCUGAAGGCCUGCUGAUUCCCUCACAUGACCGGCCCUUGAUAAGUGACUGGGGCCAAGAGAAUUGGCAUUUCCAUGGCAGACAUGUGGACUCUUGGCGGCAUCUGUCAACAGAUUUUGCUCCCUGUAUGUCCAAGAGCUAUAAAGCUGCUUUGGGCUGGCUGAAGUUGAGAGCUGUUCUCAUUUGGGUAGUUAUUGUUAAAAGGGAUGCAGCUGUUAAAAGGAGGGUGGCUGCUAAAAAAUGGGAGAGGGUCUUCAAAUUUUUGCAAUGUUGACUUUUCCUGCGUAUCUUAGCAAGUCUUAUACAACUUGUAGCUUUCAGAUGGCAUAAUUUGUGAAUAUGUACAGGGAGAUGCCUAUCUCAAAAAAUAUGUACAGUUAGAUUUUAAUUGAAGCCUCUGACAGAAAUUGGAAUGAAUAAACUUUGUAGA